UGUGCUGGUGUUGUUCAUAUUGCUAUGGUAAUGGAAGAGCUUGCAAACUGUUUGGAUAUUAACGUUUCAUGGCUUUUUAGCGGCCUCGGCAAUGCCAUCAUCCCCAAGCAGGCUAAGCAAUUUCACAAGCCGAAGAGCAUUUUGCCGGAACACUAUCUUAAAGAAGUUCGACCGCCCACGUACAAAGGUAAACCUCUGAAGAUUGAAUUUAGCAUGACCGUUGUCGAUAUAAAUUCUAUAAACGUAGAAGACAUGGAUUUCAGGAUGGACAUGUUUCUGCGGCAGCAAUGGACAGACACCAGAUUGCAGAUCCCAGAGGAGAUCUUUGAAUACGGAGACGAAUACGUGACAUUGCCAACGCAUAUCUUUAACAACCUGUGGCAGCCGGACUUGUACUUCCUAAACUCCAAAGUUGUCGAAAUUGCUACGCUGACCCACAAGUUUUCUUCGGUGACACUUUACAGGAACAAGACGGUUCGAUACUCGGCUCGAAUGCACGCCAUCGUCGCCUGUCAAAUGGAAUUCCAAUAUUACCCAAUGGAUAUACAGAUUUGUCCCUUGAGUAUCGAAAGCUUUUCUUAUGAUAACAGCAAAAUGGGUUUGAAGUGGUCGGAUACAGGAGUCGUGGUCAGUCCAGAACUGAAGCUGCUUCAAUAUCAUAUAGCCAAGCCUCUAGUCCUGGAAGAGAGCGAUAUCUACACCAACGAGAAGAACGGCAAUUUUUCUAGGCUCGUAGUUAACUUUAGAUUCGAACGACAGAUAGGUCACCAUCUCAUCCAGACCUUCGCACCAUCAACUUUGGUAGUGGUGGUUUCCUGGUUCAGCUUCUGGUUAAGCUUGGAUGCAGUUCCUGGUCGCGUCACCCUCCUAGUCACCUGUCUUCUAACUCUAGUAACCAUGUUCACCGGUUUAAGAAGCGAUAUUCCACCAGUGGCUUACGUCAAGGCCAUAGAUCUCUGGAUGGCCGGAUGCAUGAUUUUCGUCUUCUCUGCGUUGAGUGAAUUUGUUAUAGUGAAAGUAUUGGAGGAGAGGUAUAAAGUCUACAAGCAGAAGGAACUAUCAGAGGCGAACAUCGCAACGCAAUGGUGUACGACUUUGGCAAAAUCUGGAAAAUCCACAUAUACACACGAACCCAACACUUGGUUACCGCUUUGCUGGAAAACGAAAAAUGGAGUGGAAAAGGUGUUGUGGUGUGAAAUAGACCGAAUGUCCAGAUCGAUUUUUCCCGUUCUCUUUCUCAUAUUUCUGGUGGUCUAUUGGCCUCUGUUGAUCACCGGCAAAUCCAGUCCGAUUCUGAUAGUUUAGUGAUUUUCAGCGAAGUCUUUAUAUAAGGCAAACUACUUUCUAUUAACAACUUUAGU